AUUUAUUUCUAUUUUCUAUAUUCGUUUUACUUACGCCACUCUCUUCUGUGUAGAUCUCGGAGCUACUCCAAAAACCAAAGAGAUCGAACGAUCGAAGAGUAGGAGGAGAUUUAGAGGGAGUAAGCGGCGAAUUUGAUCGGAGUGAUCGUCGAAUUUGGUUUGCAUUCGCAGUGUCACUCCCUCUUUUUUUUUUUUGAAAAAAUUAGAAAAGGAGAAGGUGCUCUGAUCAUUAAGAAAUGUGAGAAUAAGAGCAGCAGCUAAUUUCCUAUUCUCUACCGCUUGAGCUUUCGUAAUAAUAGGAUGAUGAGGCAUGUGUGGUGGCCAUUUUGCUACUUCAUUGUAUUCUCUAGAUCAUGUUUAAAGGAAUAGUGGCUUGUUCAAUGGAUCGGCCUCCCAAUAAUGAUUUACAUGAGCAUGUUAUCAAUAUAGCGAGGGGUGAUACUGCUUUGACAUCCUCUUCGGGCAAUCAUCAAAACAACCAAUGUAAAUCAACUGAACUGCAUUUUGAAGAUACACCUGCUACAAGUACACAACUACCGUCUUCUCAAUCAUCAUCAUCAUCAUCUUCUUCAUCAUCAUCGCCAACAGGGUCUAAUUCCAGAAAUGGUUCUUCCACUAGGAAUGAUAGUUAUGCUCGUCGAAGCAGAAGCCCUUUGAAUUCUGGAUUGUGGAUUUCGAUCGAGCUUCUGGUUAAUUUGGGCCAGAUUGUGGCUGCUAUUGUUGUUUUGUCCUUAUCCAGAGAUGAACAUCCACAGACUCCGUUGUUCGCAUGGAUUAUAGGUUAUACUAUUGGAUGCACCGCGAAUCUUCCUCAUCUUUAUUGGCGCUACGUGUAUCGAAAUAGUCAAAUUUCUGAGCGAGAAUCAGAACAAGAGAAUCUUCCUGAUUCUACAUACGCUGUGGUUAGUUCUUCUCGAGCAUUGGAAGGAGAUGAUCGUCGUAACAGUGGGCCACUAAUACGAUUUAGGCGUAGCUUGGCAAUUGCCAAUUCAAGGCUCAGUUCACUGGCCGACCAUUUCAAGAUAGCAUUAGAUUGCUUCUUUGCCGUUUGGUUUGUCGUGGGAAAUGUGUGGAUAUUUGGUGGGCACUCUUCUUCAUCUGAUGCUCCCAACUUAUACAGGCUAUGUAUUGUGUUCCUCACAUUCAGUUGUAUUGGGUAUGCAAUGCCUUUUAUCAUAUGCGCGGCAAUAUGCUGCUGUUUCCCAUGCAUAUUCUCUAUUUUUGGCGUCAGAGAGGAAUUAGGCCAUAGUAGAGGAGCCAGCUCAGAAACGAUUAAUGCAUUACCAAUUUGCAAAUUUAAGUCAAAAAGGAGCCGAAACAGAGGGAAAGAAAUUAGCUCAGAGAACCUUCAGGAAGGUGGGAUUCUGGCGGCCGGUACUAGCAAGGAGAGAGUAAUUUCUGCUGAAGAUGCUGUAUGCUGCAUCUGCCUCUCAAAGUACUUAGACAAUGACGAGCUCCGUGAGCUUUCUUGUGGUCACUUCUUCCAUGUGGAGUGCGUGGAUAAAUGGCUCAAAAUUAAUGCGCUAUGCCCCCUUUGCAAGUGCGAGAUAGGAGACGUGGCGGCAUCGGUGUUUGGUUUGCACUUUGGUCGUCGGCGCGGUGAUAGGAGGGCGGCAGGGAGAGGUUUAGAUGUCACAAGAGUUGCAGUAUAGGCCGAUGUACUCUCUCUCUCUCUCUCUCUCUCUCUCUCUCUCUCUCUCUUUUAUGGAGAUGCUGGCCUCAGCAAUGUGUACAUUUAUCUGUGUAUCAGCAUAUACGAUUGCUAGAAGAUGUUUAUACCAUAAUCUAUUGAUAUUUCCUUCCUGGAAUGGGCCAAGUAGUUAAGGUAAAAUGUACAGAUAUUUCCUGUGGCAUCCUGAUGUUGCAACUUGGUUCCUGAGCUUUGCACUUAAAAACACUCCAGUCCAUAAACUAUUUCAUGUACUACCACUCCGUUCCGACAGUCAAACGACAAAAAAACAAAAAUUACAGUUUAUGGAUCCAGUCAUGUGCUGAGCGCUUAACUAAACAAGCAUCAGAUCUUUUUUUUUUUCGAACAUCAGAUAUGAAAGUUUGCAAUAUAUGGAAACAUUUGGGAGCAAGUGUGAUUGUUUC